UUGGGCCUUUUUUCUUACAGUGGCUCGCACGAUUAGCCUAGCCCCGUUUGGGUCUAUAAAUAGGCAGUAUCAUCACACCAAAGGGCAACUACAACGCACAACAUGGACGUCCUGGUGCUACUCAUCUCGCUUAUCCUGGUUGCUGGACGAGGAAGCACAAGCCAUGCGAAUUCCGAGACUACAAUGGACUAUUGGCAAACAUUACUUCCCCGAACAACUAUGCCACCAGCCAUACUUGACCUACUGAACCAUCAUGCAGGUUCCAGUAACGUCAAGUCUAUAAAGAACUCCAAGAAUGUUUAUGCUGCAUCACAAGCUGGAGAUGACUUCAAGAAAAUAUUUGUGUCCUAUGCGUCUGAAGGUAAUAUAAAGGACCUAAAGAAUGACAUGAUAUUAGAAGGUAAACAAGAUUCAAAGAAAGUUUACGCGGAAGACUUAAAAAAGAUCCUAGCAGCAAGACCACGAAGUGAAGAAAAUCUUAAAGAAAUAUCAGUAUCAUAUGGGUCAAAACUAGAAGCGGGUGUGAAGGAAAUCUUCGUCUCAUAUGGGUCAGAAGGUGGACAAGAUUCGAAGAAAGCUUCGGUGGUCGAUUUAGAGAAGAUCUUAGCAGCAAGACCGCGAAAUGAAGAAAAUCUAAAUGGAUUUUUUGCAACAUACGGGUCCAAACUUGAAGAGGAUCUGAAGGAGAUAUCAGUGUCAUACGGGUCAGACGGUGAAGAGGACCUAAAGAAUAUAUCAGCUUCCUAUGGGAUAAAAGGUGAAGAGGGCGUAAAGGAAAUAUCGGUGUCAUAUGGAGGGCAAGAAGAUGAAGCUGGUCUAAAUAAGAUAUCGGCGUCAGAAGGAGAGAAAGUUACAGCUGGGGGAGGGCAUGUCCAUGUCCACACUCACGGCCACCGCAGCAGAAGGAUUGCAGAUGUUUUCUUCUUCCACGACAUGCUGCGGCCAGGGACGGUGAUGACCCCGACCAUCCCGCCGACCAGCUCCCUGCCGGCUCUUCUUCCCCGUCACGUCGCCAACUCCAUCCCGUUCUCCGCUAAGCGCUUCCCCGACAUCGUCGCCAUGUUCGCGCCGGCGUCCCUCGCGAUAGCCGGAGAGAUGCGGUGGACGCUCGACACCUGCGAGCAUCCACGGCCGCUCCCAGGCCAGAAAGCAGGCUGCGCCACCUCCAUUGAGUCCCUCGCCGAGCUCACGGCGUCGCUCCUGGGGACGCGCGACGUCCUGGCGUUCUCCGCCGACAUGCCCCUGGAGGUCGCCGACACGUCGGCGCUGCGGGCAAGGCACAACGUGACGGCGGCGCGGAGGCUCUCGACGUCGCUGGAGGUGGUGACCUGCCACGACCUGACGUACCCGUACGCGGUGUUCUACUGCCACACAUCCAACCCCACCGCGGCGUACAUGGUGACGCUGGAGAGCCAGGACGGCGCGGCGCCGGCGAUGGAGGCGCUGGCCGUGUGCCACCUCGACACCUCGCAGUGGAGCCCGGAGAACCCGUUCUUCAAGCUGCACAGCGUCAGCCCAGGGGAGGUAGCCGUGUGCCACUUCCUCAGUAAACUCAGCACCAUCUGGGUCCGCGCCGGUGAGCUGGGCGACCUACGUGCAGCCGAGUAGAAUAAAUUAAGGCCACGUCAGUAAUGCUGCGUGUCUUGACUCUUGAUAGUACCGCAAAAUAACAUCCAUGCUACGCGGACUGCGUGUGCAUCGCUAUUGUUCCAAGGCCAUCCCUAGUCUAUUUUAUGUCGCAUUUGGUGACUUAGUUUAUUUUCUGGGAUUAUUGAUCACUUGAAUAAUUUGCUGUUUCUGCACGAUAAA